AUGCGUCGCGUCAGGGCAUCUGUGGUAUCCCGGGCAGCGUGGGUGUCGGCGGCCUGGGCUGGGGGGAUACAGGGGCUGAGGGGACUGGGAGCGGCAGUGGUAGUGUUGCAGUUGAUUGAGGGGACUGGGAGGGGAGCGGGAAGGGGAAGAUGGCACAAUGCGAGUGUCCAGGACUACGUACAGCUCAAAAAAGGUCAAAAAAGACACGAGUGUGAUACAUCAGUAUGUGACAAACAAUGUAAGGACAAGCUGGACACGUGUCAAUGUGAGUGCUGUAAAAAAAAACGCCCAGGAACUGCCUACGCUUCCACCAGUGCACAGCGUUCAUUUUCGGCCUACACUUCCCCCGCCGUCCUUCCCAUCAUCAUCGUCCCCGUCGCCCUAAUCAUCGUCGUCAUCUGCGUCAUGAUCUACUUCCGCAUCCGGCCGUUCCACAGGACAGUAAUGAUUGCGUUGAUGGCCAAUCAAAUGAGCAGUAAGGUGAUCAUCCCCCCUUCUCCCCAAGCCAUCGCCGCCGUCAUAGUUGCCAUCAUCGUCGCCAUCAUCCUGCUCGACCUGUGCAUCUUCCGCUUCCCGGUGGGCCGCAACAUCCGCGAUUUCCUAGUCCGCAAGAUACCCUUCUGCAUCGCGUUCUACAGCUAA